AUGCGCGUCGUUGUAAGUGGCGCCGGCAUCGCCGGUCCCACUGUAGCAUGGUUCCUCGCAAAAGCGGGCGCCAGAGUCACCGUAGUCGAGAAAGCUACCUCGAUGCUUGCUCAAGGACAGAACAUCGAUAUACGCGGUACAGCGGUCAACAUUCUCAACAAGAUGGGCUUGCUCGACGAAGUUCGUAAGCACAACACAACGGAGAUAGGAAGCUGCUUGAUCGAUCGCAACGGUCGCUCAUUUGCUCGAAUGCCAGUCAAUGGGUCCGCUGGUAGUCCAACGAGUGAGUUUGAGAUCCUUCGUGGUGAUCUUGCCGCCGUCCUGUACGAUGCCGUCAAGGAUGUACCCAACAUCGAGUUCAAGUUUGGUACCACUGUGACCCAGGUGCUGGCGAACGAUGCGGAAAAGGUCCGAGUGGAGCUGAGUACUGGUGAAGAGGCCGACUACGAUAUUCUGAUUGUAUCCGAUGGUCAGUGGUCUAGGCUGCGAAAGCAGCUUUUCGGACAAGAUGCUGUAACUGUAGUAGACAAGAACUGCUUCUGUAUGUACGCCACGGUCCCUCGAACAGAAGAGGAUAGCGAUUGGUGGGAACUUUAUUUCUCUCUCAACCGUCGCUGCGUAAGCACUCGACCAGACAAUCACGGCACCCUGCGGUGCCUUUUCAGCAUCAUGCCACUCACCGACAAUCAAAAGCAAGCCUGGGCAGCCACUGCUAGAAGUCACGAUCGCAAGCUCCAACUUGAUCUGCUCAAAAGCGAAUUUAGCGGUGCUGGUUGGAAAACAUCGCGUCUCCUCCAAGACGUGGAGAAAUCCGACGACGUCUAUGUGCAAGCUGUACAGCAAAUUCGCAUGACCAGUUGGCACAAGAACAGGGUCAUAUGUUUGGGAGACACAGCCUACGCACCAACGCCGCUCACUGGAAUGGGCACCUCUCUUGCCAUCAACGGUGCCUAUCUCCUCGCUGGCCACCUCUCUCAGCUGAAACCAGAUCAACAUCCGUCGAAAGCGUUUGAAAGUUACGAGUCCGAGUUCAGGCCUUUCGUUCAGAAGAUUCAAGACGUACCUUGGUUUGUCCCCGGUGUGGUGCAUGUGCGCUAUGCAUGGCAGAGAUGGCUCUUGCAACGCCUGAUCGCUGCAGUUGCCUACGUUGUUACAAUACCAUGGGUCGCGCGAUGGGCAGCAACGAAGGACAGGCAGUUGGACAAGGGAUUAAUCACUGCGUUAGAUGCGCCUUUCCCACAGUUCGCCGCUUUUGAACAAGUCCAAGCUAACGAAGCGUAA